UUCAAAAGAGAGUACUUCACUGUGUAUUUUCUUGUCGUGUCAGCAGACUGGAUUCAAGGCCCAUUCAUGUACACGCUCUACAAGGACGAGAAAAUGCUAAGCGAAGCAAUUGUCGCCUCGCUCUUCACAACUGGAUUUGUCUCAGCAGGAAUUACGGCCUCGUUUGUUGGGUCCCUCGCAGACCGCCAUGGCCGCAGACUCGCCUGCCUCGUCUUCUGUGCAGCAUACUCAUUGUCCUGUCUGUCAGUUGUCAGCGACGUUGUCCCGGUCCUCUUCAUAGGCCGAGCGUUAGGUGGCUUAAGCACGACGCUGCUUUACUCAGUCUUUGAGACUUGGAUGAUAGCCGAGUAUCAGUCCAGGAGAUUAGGAGAAAGUGACCUGACAUUGGGCUACAUGUUCAGUCAAAGCGUAACGUAUAGUGGAAUUGUGGCCAUUGUUGCGGGUUUUGUGGGCGAAGCUGUUGUUUCGUGGUCUGGAACCAAGACCGCUCCAUUCUUACUGGCGGUUGUAUGUCUGACUUGUGCUGCAGGCGCAAUCCGCCAAAAUUGGGCCGAGAAUUACGGGCAAUUAGUAGAAGAGGAGAAGGCAGCUUCGAGCUCUGCCACUGGAGUUCAGACGAUACUGCUCGAUAAGAAGAUCCUAGCACUGGGACUCGCUACGACGGUAUUCGAGGGCUCGAUGUAUCUUUUCGUCUUCUUCUGGUCGCCUGCUCUGCGUUCAGCACGAAGCGCAGCUGGCAUCACUGAGGCGCCACCCUUUGGCUUGAUUUUCAGCUGCUUCAUGUCCGCUAUGAUGCUCGGCUCCAUGAUAUUCUCUGGCAUCGACCUCAAAUCUGUGAAAGACACGGGAAGGCUCUUGCUCGGUAUUUUGACACUGGCGGCAAACUGCUUGCUUGUGCCAGUGCUGGCAUCAUCCGAGAUGGCGACCUUCUGGGGCUUUACCAUUUUUGAAGUGUGCGUGGGCAUGUACUUUCCCGCGAUGGGUAGACUGAAGAGCGAGCUGGUAGACGACGCUGUAAGGGCCAGAGUGUAUGGCGUGAUGCGUCUACCACUCAACUUGUUUGUUGUUGUGGCACUC